UCCUUGCGAGACUCGAGCUUUUAAGUCAUACCACAUGUUCGCUCUUUCAAUGAGUUAAAAGAAAGUGUAAAAGCAACAAGCUGGAGGAUAGGAUGGCAAAGUACUAUGAUAUUGAUGAUAUUAUCACGGAGGAAGAGAUUGUAUCAGUUAUAUUUCAGAAGGCAGCAUCUGGAGUGGGAAUAGAUCCUAGUUCUGAAGUGGACUUUAUUGAAACAGGUUCAAAAGUUGAGCUGCCUUUUUGGCUUGCUCAUGAAUUACAGUUGAGACAAGCAGUAUCAGUCAAUGUUCCACCUUGUUUCAAUCACAAAACAAGGCUAGAGAUCCAAGCUGAUACUGCAAGCGUGGACCUGAGGUCUAGAUGUCCAUUCUUCUAUGAAUUUGGUUGCAAGAUAGCACCCAUAGUUGGCGAUAGAACCAUUGGGUUUCUGUUGCUGUCUGCAUUUAAGAGUAGGUACAAGGAAGUUCUCACCAAGGCACAUACUGCAGCGUUUGCUGCUGGUUCCAAAUUUUGGACUAUUCUGACAAAGGAAGAGAUCAAUUUGUAUGAGACAGCUCAAUCCGCAAUGGCAUCCUUCAAGAAGUGGCGAAUGGGGGGGCCCAGAUUUCAGAUAGCUUCUAUAUUGGCAAGAAAGAGAAAAACUACUGAAUAGUUGCUUUUUCGGUGUUAUUAGAUAUUUGGC